GCGACUUUAGUGCUACUUAACACGUUAUACACGGUUGACUAAUAUUUUAUACGACUUUUGUUGGUGUCAAAAUCAACCCCUUAAUCACGAGCUUUGAAAUCAUUACUUUUAAGAUUCUUUUGUGUUUACUUCCAAUUGACACCUUUGGAGCAACAGAGUUGCAGCAAAAUAUUACUACAGCGCGGCCUAACUGCUAAUAGCAUAAGCAACUGUUAAUUCCCACAGAAAGCUUUAUAGGCGAAUGCAGAAAGUUGAAAGCUUCAGUUGAAGGUGGAAAGCUCCCAAAGCACAGAUCCAAAGAAGAGGUUCCAUGCAACAGCGUUUUACUAGUAGGAUGGAAGAGAACAACAACAUUGAAAGAUAUGCGGAUGAGCGACGACUAAAGAAAAGACAGAUCGAUGGUUAUAAUUCUAUCGAUGGGCCAAGUUCUGACGAGGAAAUUCCAAUCUACGACAAAACGGUGGAAGAGAGAGAAGCUUCAAUGGACGUGGACGACUCAGAUUACGAGGACAACGAAGUUUGCGAAACCCAAAAAGCGAAGGACAAUUCUAGCAAACCCGACGAAAGCAAGCCAACUCAGUCUUACAUAGCGUUAAUCGCAAAGGCGAUACUAGGUUCGCCGGAACGUAAAAUGGUGUUGUCGGACAUAUACAAAUACAUUCUUGAUAACUACCCAUUCUACAAGACACAAGAUAAAAGCUGGCGAAACAGUAUUCGACACAACCUCUCCCUUAACGAAUGUUUCAUUAAAGCAGGGAGAAGCGAAAACGGCAAGGGGAAUUACUGGGCAGUGCAUCCUUCAAAUGAAGAAGAUUUCGCGAAAGGCGACUACAGAAGGCGGCGAACACGACGAAAGGCAAGGCGCCCAGUCACCCCCUUUGGUGUAUACUCAGACUACUUUCAGCCAUAUGCGAUUUUACCGUCUUUGUAUCGAUAUAGAGGCGAUUCACUAACUCGGUUUUGGGGAGCUAGUGAACACAAGCUUGGAAUCAGCGAAAGUAAAAUAACAAAGCUAUUUCCUCAAGAAAAACGACGAAAAUCCUUCACAAUUGACAGCAUUCUUGGGCUGGAUAAAGAGCAAAGUUCUGAAAAACUCCAAGCUAAGAUGCAGGAGAGAAGGGAAAUGCAAGUAGAUCCUUUGAGAGGCCAUGUGUCGUCCCGCAGGCACCACUCGUGGUCGCGCGCAUCAACGUGUUACUCACCACGAAGCCCAUCGUACGAAAGAUCAGCAUUCUCGCCUGUGUAUAGUCAUUUGGUAGCAGAUCCUUGCAUACAGUACACGCUCUUUCCUGAUUAUUAUAGAAGGCUCGACGCAGUUCCAUACUUGACACAGUAUACCAGAGACUCUUUAGAUGAACUAAACAGGUUUCGAAAAUCCGUUUCAUAAAAACUUUAGACAUGCAAUCUUCAUUUUGUGAAAAUAUGCGCAUAUGUUUGACUAAUUUAGCAUUAAGUGCUAAAACACAAUGAAAAAUUUCUAGUGUAGUUAAUGCUUAAAUUCCGAUUUUUGUAAUUGAGUGUUUGAA